AUGUGUGGAAUAUGGGCAGUUUUUGGUCUUUCCUCCAACUUUCACACUCACUGUGCUUCAACGUUUUCAAAAAUUUCACAUCGUGGGCCAGAUGCUUGGAGGGUAGAAUAUGAUGAACGUAUGAAGAACUGUUGUAUUGGAUUCCACAGACUCACUAUUGUAGACUGUACAUAUGGAAUGCAACCAAUGAAACUACAUCAAUAUCCUCAUUCCAUGUUGAUUUGUAAUGGAGAAUUAUACAACUGCAAAAGGUUGAAAGAACAGUUCAACUUCAACUAUGAAACCUUUAGCGAUGUUGAAUGUAUAUUCCACCUCUAUGAGAAAUUUGGCAUUGAAGAAUGUGUUAAAAAUCUGGAUGGAGUCUUUGCCUUUUGUGUCAUAGACGUUCCAAAGCGGAAGGUUCUCCUUGGUAGAGACCCUUAUGGUGUUAGACCUCUAUUCAGAGUUGUUAGUGCUAGUGGAAUUCUUGGGAUCUGCUCUGAAGCCAAAGGAUUGGUGGGAAUUGAACAUGCAUUAAAUGGUGAAAGCAAAAAGUUGGAACCUUUUCCUCCUGGUACAUUUGAGGAAUAUGAUAUAUUGAAAGAUGGAAAAGUAAAAUUGGUCAGGAGUCAGCGGUAUUUUUCACCUGGAGAUCCACCGUCUUUCAAACCGUUUUUACUUCAUGAAGCAUUGAAACAAAAAAUUACAAAACAUUUUUCUUCAAGAUUUAACACCAAAUGAUCAUCAGGGGAACAUUAGAAAAUUACUGACCUCAUCCAUAAAGAAGAGGCUGAUGGCUGAUAGGAAAAUCGGUUGCCUUUUGUCAGGUGGUCUAGAUUCCUCUCUCAUAGCUUCACUGCUGGUUACAGAAGCAAAAAAUUCAAACCUGCCAUAUAAAAUACAGUCAUUUGCUAUCGGAAUGGGGGACAGCCCAGAUCUACGAGCAGCUCGGCUAGUAGCCGAUCACAUUGGAACCGAUCAUCAUGAGGUCAUUUUUACCGAAGAAGAUGUGUCCAAGGUCCUCGAUGACGUCAUCUACACUCUGGAAUCUCCAGACAUCACCACUAUCCGGGCUUCUAUUCCCAUGUACCUGUUAUCCAGGUAUAUUUCAGAACAGACUGAAACAACAGUGUUGUUUAGUGGGGAAGGUGCUGAUGAAGUAGCGCAGGGAUACAUUUAUUUCCGGGAUGCACCCAAUGCUCAGGCUGCUCAUGAAGACAGUCUGAGGCUGCUGAGAGAAAUUUAUAUGUUCGACGGCUUGAGAGCUGAUAGGACCACGGCGGGACAUAGUUUGGAAUUGAGAGUACCAUUUUUGGAUCUCCAAUUCACCAACUAUUACCUGAACAUUGCACCUGAAUUGAAACAACCAAAGGAUUCCAUUGAAAAGUUCCUUCUGAGAUCAGCAUUUGAUGGUACCGAUGUCCUUCCGCACAACAUUCUCUGGAGACCCAAAGAAGCUUUCAGCGAUGGCGUAGCAUCGCAAACGAAAUCACUCUUCGUGGUGCUCCAAGAGAUCGUGGACAAAAGGAUGCCGGAGCCGUUCGACCAAUCUGCCGUUUCGAAAAAGUACCCCCACUGCACGCCCUCCUCAAAAGAGGCCCUCUACUACAGGGAGGUGUUCGAAAAGAGCUAUGCGAAAUUGUCGCCCAACUUCUUGCCUUAUUACUGGAUGCCCAGAUGGGUGGAAGGGGUGACCGAUCCCUCGGCUAGGUUCAUCAAGCACUAUGCAGGCGAAGAAAAAUAA